AUGGGUAAUGAUAAGAGUACGUCGGAUUUUGAUGGGAUUAGAAUGGAAUUUGGAAAUGGAAAUGGAACUGGAUCGAGUGUAUGCAGUUUUACAGUUUGUGACUGGACUGUGGCGUUAAAGAAAAAGGUUGGGAUAGAUGGCUUUGAAUUAGAACAUAUAUUUAUUUCUAACAAUAUAACAUAUAUACAUAUGCCUGGUGUAAAAAUCAACAAAGCAAUAAAUUUUAUGAGAGAUUCUUUUAAACGAUUGUUUUCAUCAUUUAAGGUGGAAUGGCUGCAUAAUGGACAUCCAUUGGGUGCAAGCAGUCGACACAGGUUGAUGAAUGACUUCGGAUUUGUAUCGCUGGAUAUUCAUUAUAUAAUUGAAGAAGAUGCUGGUACAUAUACUCUCGUUGUUUCUAACCCUGCAGGAAAAGCUGAAACUUCAACAAAGUUUGAGGUGGAGAGAUUGAAAAGCAUUUUAUUUGACACUAGUCAUCCAGAAAGUCUUCGACGUAUUCAGGAGAUCGAAUCAAUUCAGCCAGCAAAACCGUCGGAGGAUGAAUUUAUUCCGACUCAUCCUGUAUUCACACAAGAUCUUGUAGGACCGACAGAGGUCCUCAAGGAAGGUCAAUCUGUUCACAUGGACUGUAUGGUUCAACCAAUUAACGAUCCUAAUUUGAAGAUAGAAUGGUUCUUAAAUGGCUAUCCAAUACUAUUUGGUUCUCGUAUUCGUACAAUUCAUGAUUUUGGUUAUGUUGGGUUGGAAUUCCUUCAUGUUCAUCCAGAAGAUUCGGGCCUCUACAUUUGCAAAGCAAGUAAUGCAGCAGGAGAAGCUACUACUGAGUUUUUCAUGGAAUGCAAACCCAGGCGAAAUAUUUAUCUAGAAACGCAACAUGCCAAUUCUUGGGUAAAAAUCCAGGAAAUGGAAAAUCAUGAAGAUAUUCGUGAACCUUCGCCGGACAUGGUCUUUUCUCCCCCUACUUUUAUUGUUCCACUGCAAAAUAUAGAUGGUGUAGUUGAAGGAGAUAGAAUAAGGCUUGAAUGCAGGUUACAACCAGCUAAUGAUCCUACACUUAAAGUAUACUGGACAAAGAAUGGUCAGCCACUUCCGGAAGGGAGUCGUUUCAUGCCUGCCCGUAAUUUCGACUAUGUUAAUUUGGAUCUUCUUGCUGUCUAUGGAGAAGAUUCUGGAGUAUAUUCUUGUCGAGCGAUUAGCGAAUUUGGUGAGGCUACAACAUCCUGCACCAUCAAAUGCCAACCGACUGAUGCACUUCUUUUACACACUCAGCAUGAAGAAUCUUGGAAUAGAAUUCAAGAUAUUGAAAAUCGACGACCACAAGAGCCAAUUUAUGAAGAACCGUUGAAGAUAGCUCCUAACUUUGUUGUGCCUUUACCUCAGCAAAUUGGCAGUUUCACUGAAGGCAGUCCUAUUCAUGUUGAGGCAAAGAUUGAACCGACAAAUGAUAAUCAGUUGACUGUGGAAUGGUUCCACGAUGGGCGACCACUUGUUAAUGCUCAUCGAUUUCGAAUGACACACGACUUCGGAUAUGUUGCAUUAGAUAUUUUAUAUGCAUUUCCUGAAGAUAGUGGUCAAUGGGAAUGUGUCGUGCGUAAUGAUCUUGGUGAGGCACGUUCGUCGGCAAUUUUCACUGUAACUGGUGGAAACGUGAUCUUAAGUGACAGUCAACAUCCUGAAAGUUGGCAAAGGAUUCAGAUAAUUGAAGCACCUAGAGAGAAGGCUGCAGAUAUUGUAGAGUUGCAACAUGGUCCACCAAAGUUCACAGAAAUGUUGCAGCCAGCAGAAAGAAUUGAAGGACAACCUGUUCAUUUCGAAACAAGGGUGAUACCAAUAAAUGAUCCAAAAAUGCAAAUUCAGUGGUUCAAGGAUGGAGCGCCUUUAGGAAAUAGCAACAGAUUUUCUCACACGUCCGAAUUUGGUUAUGUGGCACUGGAUAUAGCUUAUACAAUAGAAGAAGAUUCUGGAACAUAUGCAGUAUUUGCAAUCAAUGAUGAAGGGAAGGAUCAAGUGGAAACGACGCUGAAUGUUCAACCACAGUCAGUGUCAAAUACUCUAAUGUGUACAUUUUCAGUAAUACUUGGCGAUGUUCAGAAUGAACGAAGUUGGCAGAAAAUUCAAGCAAUAGAACAGCCAAAGCUAAAGCCUGAGGCUUUGCCUGAUGUAGUUUAUGGUCCACCACACUUCGUUAAGCAAUUGAAUUCGAAUUUGGAUCUUAUUGAGGGACAGCCAGUUCAUUUUGAAGCUGCUUUUGAACCCAUUAAGGACUCAAACAUUGUUCUUACCUGGUACCACAAUGGUCGCCCAUUAACGGCAAGUAGUCGAAUAACAAUGCGAAACGAUUUCGGUUUAGUUUCAUUGGAUAUACAUUAUGUAUUACCGGAGGAUGCCGGUGAAUUUCGAUGCAUCAUUAGUAAUUCUUCGGGACGAGAUGAAACUGUUGGGAAGUUGCAGUGUCAGACUCGAGCAAGUAUUCUUGGAGAUGUAUUGCAUGCGGAAAGCUGGAGACGAAUUCGGGAAUUGGAAGCUCCUAAAACCGUCCCAGCAGCAAUUGAAGCACCCACUUAUGCAAAACCAACAUUUACUCAACCACUACAAAGUGUUGCGGAUGUUCCUGAGGGCAGCACAAUCGUACUGGAAGCUAGAGUUAUUCCUGUAAAUGACCCGAAAUUGCAAAUCAUUUGGUUUCACAAUGAUGCACCUUUACAACAAAGUAGUUGGCAUGUAAUAAGCAAUGAUUUUGGUUGCGUGAGUCUUCGUAUAUCACCAGUUUUUUCGCAUCACAGCGGAGUUUAUUCAUGUAAAGCCGUUAAUGAGCAAGGCACUGCAGUAACGAGUGCUUCAUUAUCUGUUUUAGGUGAUGAUUCACUGCAGCUUGGUAGCCAGCAUCCGCUUUCGUUACAAAAGAUUCAACAGCUAGAAGCAUUGAAUAAGUUUCCGCAACUUGAGGUUGUUGAUCAAGAAUUCGGUAAACCAAAUUGGGUAAAGAUAUUCGAAAAUAUUGAUGAUCUUCAAGAAGGUGAAAUCGUCCUUCUAAAUGGUUUCGUAGAACCUGUUGGUGAUCCAAGUCUCCGAAUUGAAUGGUACUUCAAUAAUGCUCCAAUGCAAAAUUCUAAUCGAUAUCGACAUGAAAACGAUUUUGGACAUGUUACUUUAACCAUCGUGCAUGUCCUUCCUCAGGAUUCUGGUGUUUAUACAUGUCGGGCUAUUAAUGCUUCUGGUGAAGCUGUUACGAGCGCCACAGUUAAAGUUGCUGGUCGGUUUUCUCAUUCAUUUAUUCGUUGUUAUGAAGCUAUUGUCCGAAGUACUCAACAUCCUUUGUCAUGGGAACAAAUCCAAAUUUUGGAAGCACCAGCUAUAUUAGAAGAAGUAGAAGAUAUAGAUGAAAAAGAAAAGCCACGUUUCCUUACUCAUUUGGAAUCAUAUUCGGAUGUACCUGAAGGAGACGUAAUACAUCUUGAAGCAACGUUUCAACCUGCUCGCGAUCCAGACUUAAAGGUGAUAUGGUUAUUGAAUGGUCAACCACUGGGAGCAAGUCAACUGAUAAAGACAAAAAGUGAACUCGGUUGGGCUACACUCGAUAUAAAUGGUGUAAAUGUCGAUCACAGUGGCGUGUAUACAUUGAAGAUAAUUAACAGCGAAGGAGAAGCGGCUUCAUCAGCUUCUAUCAAAGUUCUUGCUCUUGGCAAUAUUCUGACUGAUACUAGCCAUGAAGAGUCGUGGAAAAAAAUUCAGAUUAUUGAAGCUCCCAAGGAGAAAUCACCUGAACCACCUGCACCUGUAUAUGAAGCACCAAGCAUACAAACGCAGAUCAUUGAUGUCGAAUGUAGUGAAGGUGAACCAAGCCAUUUUGAAUCAAUUGUCGCCCCUACAAACGAUCCAAAUCUUCAAGUGCUGUGGUUUCGAAAUGGUCAGCCACUUGCUCAUGGAUCUAAAUAUGCGAUCUCACAAGAUUUUGGUUACUGCACGUUGGAUAUUGGAUAUACCUAUCCUGAAGACCAGGGGAUUUAUCAAAUUCGAGUCAUAAAUGAUGCUGGUGAAGCCGUUUCAAGUGCAACAUUAAAAUGUCACCAACAGGAUGCCAUUCUCGGAGAUACUCAACAUGAAGAAUCGUGGCGAAGAAUUCAAGAACUCGAAACACCAAAACCUGAAGCACCCACUGUACCUCCGCUUCCAAAGACGGUGCCAAGAUUCUUAACGGAGAUUCAAAACAUAGGCGAUCUCUAUGAAGGUCAACCAGCUCAUUUUGAAGCUACUGUGGAACCAGUUGAUGAUCCUGACCUUAAAAUUUCAUGGUACCUGAAUGGUGCGCCAGUCGAAGCCAGCUCACGAAUCAAAGUGAUCAAUGAUUUUGGUUGGGUGAUCUUUGAUAUAAACCAGACAGAACCUCGUGAUACGGGUGAAUGGACUUGUGUGGCGAAGAAUUCGGCUGGUGAAGCGAGGUGUUCUGCUAUUUUAAACAUUCUGGGACGUGAUAGCAUUGUUUGUGAUCCAAUUCAGUUGCAAAGUUUACAGCGAAUACAAGAAAUCGAAGCUAUUAAACCACUUCCCGGGGAACCUCCUUCAAAGAUUUAUAAUGCUCCACAAAUUACCAAACAUUUGCAAAAUCCCAGUGAUCUUGCAGAGGGUGAUAGUGCUCAUUUGGAAGCACAAUACACGCCGAUUGAUGAUCCUAAGCUCAAGAUUGAGUGGUUUCGUAAUGGUCAACCUCUUUUUCAUGCAAAUCGUUACAAAAUGGUGCAAGAUUUCGGGUUUGCUAUCCUCGAUAUACUUCACUUAUUUGCUCAGGAUGCGGGGCAAUAUCUGCUUAAAGUAAGCAACAACGCAGGUGAGGCGACUAGCGAAGCCACAUUAGAGAUAGCCAGUAAAGAAGGCUUAAUUUUAUAUCCACAAAACGAGGAUAAGGCUCGUGCAGUUCAACAGUUGGAAGAUACUCUUCAUAAAAAGCCUGAAGAACUUAUUCUCGAUGAAAAAAAAGUUGUUCCUGUUUUUAUCGAACCACUAUCUGCACCACUUUCAUGUGAAGAAGGCGAUCGAGUUCAUUUUACCGCUCGCUAUGAACCGAUUGACGAUAAUCAAUUGCAAAUUUUAUGGUUCUUAAAUGGUAAAAACUUAAAAACUGGAAGUCGUGUGAAGACCAUCAAUGAUUUCGGUAUCGUGGUUUUGGAAAUAUUUCCAACUUACCCGGAAGAUUCAGGCGAAUAUACUUGUCGCGCGUUAAACCAGGUGGGGGAAGCCGUUACGAGCACUCAACUCACUUGUAUACCGAGAGAAGUAAUUAUUACCAAUUCUCAGUUACCUGAAAGGAUGUCAGGAGCUUAUAACAAAAUUCAAGAGAUUGAAACCCCCAAGGGACCAAAGCCCGAUAUGCCUGAUCUUGAUCAUGGUUCACCACACUUCCUGAAUCAACUUGAAAAUCUUCCGACUUUGGUAGAAGGGCAAAUGGCUCAUCUCGAAGUUAGGGUAGAACCUGUGGCUGAUCCAAAUUUGAAGAUAGAAUGGUUUCACAAUAACAAACCAGUCGGUCACACUUCUCGGAUGAAAACAAUACAUGAUUUUGGUUACGUCGUUCUUGAACUUUCUCCUGUUGAACCACAAGAUUCUGGAACAUGGAAAUGCAGAGCCUCAAAUGCCAAAGGGCUCGAUGAAGUAUCAUGUGAAAUUCAAGUGCAAGGUACUAGUGGUAUUUCCUAUGAUUGGCAAAGUUUGUCGGUGCGCAAAGAACGAAUAAUUCAGUUAGAGGACUGGAUUCAUCGUCCUAAAGAUGAUCUUGAUCAGCCUCAGCAGGAAUAUGGGGCACCAUAUUUCACUCAAAAUCUUGAGGAUCUCGGACAAAUCGGCGAAGCUAAUGCGACAGCUUUUACAUGUGUGCUCGAGCCGAUCGGUGAUCCAUCAUUGCAGAUUGAAUGGCAACAUAAUGGUCAUGCAGUGCCAUAUUCAAAUCGUAUUCACAUGACCAAUGAUUUUGGCGUAGCAACUCUUCUUAUUAAGCAUCUGAUUAGUGAAGAUAGUGGAGAAUAUAAAUGUAUUGCGAAAAAUGCAAAAGGAGUAGCAGAAACAAUAGGUCGCGUCGAAGUGACGAGUGCCAUAGAAAUAGAAUCGCCAAAGAUAAUCCAACCGCUUGUUCAAAGUAUUGAUGGUGUAGUAAGAAUUUUUCUUUCUUUCUAUUCAUGGUUUUAUUCGGAAGGUGAACCGUUCCAUUUGGAAUGUCGUUUUACGCCUAUAAAUGAUUCUAAACUAACUGUGCACUGGAUGAAGGAUGGCGUUCCAUUGCAAGAAGCAUCACGCUUUAAAUUCUCUUGUGAAUUUGGUUUUGUCACUUUUGAUAUUUUAUAUGCAUAUACGACAGACACUGGUAUCUACGAAUGUAUAGCUGUCAACGAAAAAGGCGAAGCCAGUACGCAAGCCACAAUAACUGUUCACCCAGUGCCAUCACUAGAAUUCUCUCCACAAGCUCCUGGAUCAAACAUUGAGAAUCUCGAAAGUCAUAUGCGUCAACAUACUACUGCUUCUCUCGCGUUAACGAAAGCGGAUGCUUACGUUGAGGCUUUAAAAAGGCCACCAGAAUUCAAAACUCCUUUAAUAAAUAUAGGUAUCGAAGAAGGUGAAUACUGCAGAUUCGAAACUCAGGUCGCUCCCGUAAAUGAUCCCUAUAUGAAGGUCGAAUGGUUCAAGGAUAAGAAACCAGUGCUUAUUGGUCAUCGCUUCCGUUCAACGUUAGACUUUGGUUUUGCUUGUUUGGAUGUUCUCUAUGCGCUUCCAGAUGAUACUGGUGAAUAUAUGUGUGUGGCAACGAAUAGGUACGGCCAAGCUUCAGUGUCUGCUAAAUUAGCAUGCUCUGCCACGAAACACAUCAUUACUCAUAGCCAAUUACCUCAAGGUGUUCUCGUUUCAGAUGUAAAAAAACUUGGUGACCAGCCGUAUUGGUCAGAUCAAACUGUUGAACAGCAUCGAGUCAAACAAAGUCCUCAGUUUACCAUUCAACCGAGAAAUGUUCAAGCAGUCGAAAAUGAACCGGCUCGUUUCGAGUGUGCCGUUCUCGGUUAUCCAAAGCCAAAGGUAACAUGGUACAUCAACGGAAACCAAGCGCUUCAUGGCCAUCGGUACAAGCUGAAUUAUGACGGAAUUUACUAUUUAACGAUGCUAAAGACAAGGAUAUCGGAUGCUGGAGAGGUUGUUGUGAUAGCGAAAAAUUCGGAAGGCGAAGUACUCGCUUCAGCAAUGCUUGAUGUAUUCCAACAAAAGGAUUUCCGUUAUGUAAAGUUGAAGCCAACUGCUUUCAAAACAAUCGACGAAUUACAAGAGAGGGAGAUUGCAUGGCAAAAAGAAACUUUGGGACAGCUUGGUGAAGCUUUCGAAAACGCUCCUAAGCCUGACCAACAAAAAUUAGUUAAAGUUGAACGGUCAAAAUCACCAAUUGAGCCACUUGAAUCAAAAGAACUUAUGGAAAAAUUCACGAGGCCGAAGGGUGAUCAGUUCUACAACCAAAUUAAUUAUGUUGAAACAUCGCGACCAACUUUCAAAGGUCUUGAACUUGAACCAGUUACUUUAAAACCUGGUCGAAUUGAAAAAUACGAGUUGCCGAAGGAAGAAAUAGAGAAAGUUCAGCUUAGAAGUGCACCUGCUGUUGAAAAGCCAACAAUACCAAGUGGUGCUGCUCUGCCACAACCAAGCUGGGCAGUUGAAACCAAACUAGGUGAUGUUGAAAAGCGAUUUAACCGUCUAAAUGAACCCGAGAAAGAAGUCAAUACACCUGCAAGGGAUCAAGUCAAACUUAAAAUAGCGAAACCUAAGCCAGCUGGAGCAGUUCCUUCGGCUGAACACGUUGAAAUCGAAAAAGAAAGGGCUAAACUCGCUUCCGUAGUUCAAGGUCCAGAAAUACCGAAAGAGAUUGAUAUACCUGCGAAAGAUCAAGUCACUGUUCGACAGAAAUUCAAACCGAAAGUCGUAAAACCUUCGGAGACUUCCACGAUUGAAUCUGGUCCUCUCAAAGAAACUCCUCCUGUCGUAAAAAGCAAAAUAGAAGAAACUACAAUCACAUCCAAGGUUCGUUUAUUUUGCUGGACUUUUACGAUAUCAUUUUCGCAUUCAAAUUUGCUUUGUUAUACUUAUGAGGAACGUCCAAGUCAUAAUGUGGAAUUAUACAAUGAGCUAAAAUGCGAUGAACACAUGCAGCGAGGCAUUCAGUAUCGCAUCUAUGGUGGAAUUGAGCGUAUUUGUGGAUUUCGCAUGAUAAGACCAAUGCCAACAAAGAUUGGGCAAACGCAGAAGAAUCCGCCGCAAAUAUCAACUCAACUUAAACCAACUCAAGGCGAGGUUGGACGAUCAGCUCGUUUCUUCUGUGCGUUUGAUGGUUCGCAUCCGAUGAACAUCAACACAACUAAUACUGGCUCAACACUUAAUAUUAACAAAUUAAAGCCCGAAUUUUCGGGAGAAUAUUUGUGUCGUAUAGAAAAUGUUGCUGGAGCUGUUGAGUCUACUGCAAGCUUAACCGUAAUGAAACCAGCUGAUCGUGGGUUAAUGCCGGAAUUUAAGCAACGAAUAAACGACGUACGCUCACAACAGAACGCCUCAUCACAGUUUUCAUGUGUUGUUGCGGGUACUCCAGAACCGACAACUAGCUGGUUUAAGGACGGCAAGCCAUUACCCAAUGAUGAUCGAUAUAAUAUUGUGAAAGAAGGUAAUAAACAUUUGCUCAUAAUCACGGAUACAUUGCCACAGGAUGGUGGAAUUUAUGAAUGUGUCGCGCAGAAUCCUAGUGGUGAGGCAAGAUGUAAGGCUCGUUUGAAUAUAAUACUCGCAAAAACCGGCAAAGGAUCUGAAGAAGGUCCAAAACUUCAAGCUCCCCGAUUUUCGCUGCAAAUUCAACCAGUCGCAGCUCAGGAGGGCACAACUGUUGAAUUCAAAGCCAAGUUCAUUGGCUCUCCUGAGCCAACUAUAAGAUGGUAUCGUAACAAUGAACCGAUUAAAAAGAGCAGUAAUUUCGAGAUAAGUCAAUCAAAGGAUGAAACAACCCUUCGCAUCAAACAGUGUGCUCAAGAACAUGUAGCUGAAUAUAAAUGUGAGGCCACUAACCCAGCUGGCAAAGCUUCUACUGUUGCUAAUCUUGUCCUUCAGCCAAAAAGUAGCAGUAAUUUUCAUAAAAGCGAUUCGGUCCAAAUGGAGCCCCAGACCAAUGGCAAUAAAAAAUCAAGUUCAAAGGAACCACCACAAUUUAUCUCAAGAUUAACUGAUAUUUCUGCUCGACCUGGUCAUACCGUUAAAUUUAUUGCCGAGAUAAGCGGUAAUCCACAACCAACUAUAGCGUGGCAGUUCAACGGAAGACCUCUUUAUGGUUCACGCGAUAAUAAGAUUUACAUGACGGGGAAUAAAGCGGUUCUUGAAAUUCAACGAACAUCUCAUGCAAAUGCUGGCUUGUACAUUGUAACUAUACGAAAUCCUUUAGGAGCUUCACAGUGCCAAGCGAAACUUACCGUAGAAAAUAGGUAA